CGGAGCGAGGCGGGGCCGCACGGGCACGGGCGGGGGCGCGCUCAGAGGUGGCGGCUCCGCUUGGCCCGGACGCAGCUGGCGCCCUCGGCGGAGGCGGCCGCAGCAGCCGGCGUCGAGGGCGUGGCUGCGAGGGUGCGGGUCGGUGCGGCUCUGAACCCCGGCAGCAGCCCGACACCUUUCCCCGAGCCCCGCUGCUCCUCGCGGCGCUGCCCGGCUUCCCGCGGAGCUCCGUCGGGUCGCUCCGGCCUCUGCCCGGCCAGCCUUCCUGCAGCCGCCGAGCACGCAGUAGAUGCCUGGUAGACAAAACUUGAGGAAGGGAAAAGUGCCACCUAUUGGGAGCCAUGCUGAGGGACACAGUGAAAUCCUGGAAUGACAGCCAGUCGGAUCUCUGCAGCAGUGAUCAAGAAGAGGAGGAAGAGAUGAUCUUUGGCGAGAACGAAGAUGACUUAGAAGAGAUGAUGGAUUUAAGUGAUCUGCCUACCUCACUUUUCGCUUGCAGUGUCCAUGAAGCAGUGUUUGAAGUGCAGGAGCAAAAGGAGAGAUUUGAAGCACUUUUUGCCAUCUAUGAUGACCAUGUUACAUUUCAGUUGUUUAAAAGCUUUAGAAGAGUCAGAAUAAACUUCAGCAAACCAGAAGCAGCAGCACGAGCACGGAUAGAACUCCAUGAGACUGACUUCAAUGGGAAGAAGCUGAAGCUGUAUUUUGCACAGGUUCAGACUUCUGGUGAAGCACGGGACAAGUCCUACUUACUGCCACCCCAGCCGGCCAAACAGUUCCUCAUCUCCCCACCAGCCUCUCCGCCAGUCGGCUGGAAGCAGGGCGAAGAUGCCACACCAGUUAUCAAUUACGAUUUGCUCUGUGCUGUUUCCAAACUGGGGCCAGGAGAGAAAUACGAACUCCACGCAGGAACUGAGUCAACGCCCAGUGUGGUGGUUCACGUCUGUGAAAGUGAAACUGAGGAGGAAGAAGAAACCAAAGCCCCCAAACAGAAAAUCACCCAGACCAGGCGCCCGGAAGCUCCAAGCACAGCAGCAGCUGAGCCCCAGCCCCAGCCCUUUGACUGCACACUCUGAGGCCUCAGGGUGGGGGAGGCAGCUGCCUUCCUGGGCUUCAGUACCGGGGAUCCCACCCUCUGCUGAUGUCAGCAUUGCUGCUAAUGUGUGGGUGCAGCGAGCAGGGAACGAAGCGCUCCCACUCUUGGAUGCCCGGUCAGAGGGUGGCCGCUGAUUGUACUUACAAUGGCAACUGAUACUCGCAACAGCACUUUAAAGGAUUGGCCCCAGCACGUGGCAAAUCUUGACCAUUUCUAAACAAUAACAAUUACUCCCCGGCCGUGCUCAUUCCUCUGAUCCUGUAUAGCAUGGAGUAGCCCAAAACUGGAGUGAUCGUCAUUGAGUGCAGUACCAUUUUUAUGAAUUAAAAAAAAAUAGUCUUAGAAUUUUAAUAAUCUAGUGUGGGUAUUUUUGUACUGGUGUGAUAGCUUCUCACUAAUCUAUGGAUCAAAAAUGAAUUGUUUUAUUCAGCAGACACGAAAAAAAUGGGGUUUUUUUUGCACGAGAGGAAGCCUGAAACAGGACAGUUCAUAGUAUUCUCUAGUUUG